AUGGAAUCAAGAUCAAACAACAAUCAAGCUCAGCAACAACCUCUAGACAACACAAUUGCUGACCUAGUUUUCAAGCAACUCAAGAGCUAUCCAGAAAAUCAGCAGUGUUUUGACUGCGGACAGUAAAAUCCUCAAUGGGCAUCAGUGUCAAAUGGAGUAUUUUUGUGUCCGUCAUGCUCAGCUUUGCACAGGACACUAGGCGUAUACUACUCAAGCAUCAGGUCAAUGACCAUUGAUUCCUGGGGUGAGAGAGCUCUGAAGAUGAUGUCUCUUGGUGGCAACAAGAAUUUGAAGGAAUUCUUUAAGAAGUAUGAUCUUCUCGAAGAGAGUAGUGAUAAUAGAUAUAAGACUAUUGCAGCAGAUUUCUACAGAUAAAGACUCAGGCAAAUCGUUGAUGGAUAAAUGUUCAAUGAUUAAGAACCUACGUAUGAGAAGGGUAGAGAACUUGUGGUCGAGAGGCCACUUGAUUCUGGGGCUGAUGGUUAAAACUAGGAAGGUGACUCAGAAAAUUCCUCACUUUUUGACUACAUUGAGUAAAUUCAUCACAAUAAACUUAUAUUACUUAGUCCAUCAAAAUUAUUGCACUAUCCAAUCGUAGAUAAAUUGAAAGAUGUUGGUCUCAGGGCAGUAGAUAAAGGUGCAUGGGCUGUUUCAAUGAUUGGAAGUAAAGUUUCAGAAACUGGCGUUCCUCAAAAGUUCUCUAGUAUGGUUAAAACUGCAAGUGACAAGACUAAUGAGAAUUUCGCAAUGAUGAAAGAAAAAGGCUCAGAAAAGUUCCACCAAGCCUCUGAAUCAUAUCCUGUUGUCAAUACUAUUACUGAUGGUACCAAGAGAAUGGUAGGAGCUGUCUCAGAGAUGUCUAGUAAUGCAUAUCAUAAGUUGAAGACUAUGAUAGUAGAUGAUAAAGAUCAUGAUGACUGGCAAAACCAAAGAUAACAUCAUGAAAUUAUUUAGCAUUAAGCUCCAAGUUAGGAAUAUAAAGUAGAUACUAGAGACAAUAAACAAAUUGUGAGUGACUUACUAGAGCCAUAGACAAAUAAGUAACCUGUGUAAACUACUGUCUCUCAAUGA